CCCGGGGGCGGUGCGCGCUGACGCGGCAGCGCUGCUGCUCUCGGCCUAGGGGAGUCGCACAAUUAUGAGAAGGAGCCGCCGGGCCAGGACCGCCACCGCCAGCGUUGGGUCCCGGAGCAGAGCCGAGCUCGAGCCGCCCCGCUCUCCUCCUCGCCCCUGGAGCGCUGUCCGCUCCCGGCCUCUCCCUGCCCAGCCCCCCGCAGCCGCCGAGCUCAGCCCCGAUAGAUGGAGACAGGCCCCGCCACCGCCGAAGCACGAGCAGCAGCAGCCCGGGCCGAGGAGAGCCAGAGCCGGCGCCGAGACCCAGCCCGACCCUGAGGAGAAUGUCCCAGAAAUCCUGGAUAGAAAACACUUUCACCAAGAGGGAAUGUGUGUAUAUUAUACCAAGUUCAAAGGACCCUCACAGAUGUCUUCCAGGGUGUCAGAUUUGUCAACAACUUGUCAGGUGCUGCUGUGGUCGCUUGGUCAGGCAACAUGCUUGCUUUACGGCGAGUCUUGCCAUGAAAUAUACAGAUGUCAAACUGGGUGAAAAUUUUAAUAGGGAAAUAGAAGAAUGGUCAGUGGAAAAACACACAGAACAGAGUUCAACUGAUGCUUAUGGUGUCAUUAACUUUCAAGGUGGCUCUCAUUCGUGCAGAGCAAAGUAUGUACGAUUGUCAUAUGACACUAAACCUGAAGCCAUUCUACAACUUAUUCUUAAAGAAUGGCAAAUGGAGCUGCCCAGACUUGUUAUCUCUGUACAUGGGGGGAUGCAGAAAUUUGAACUUCAUCCACGCAUCAAACAGUUGCUUGGCAAAGGUCUUAUUAAAGCUGCAGUAACAACAGGUGCCUGGAUUAUAACUGGAGGAGUGAACACAGGUGUUGCAAAACAUGUUGGUGAUGCCCUGAGAGAACAUGCUUCCAGAUCAUCUCGAAAGAUUUGCACUAUUGGGAUAGCCCCAUGGGGGGUGAUUGAAAACAGAAAUGACCUUGUUGGAAGAGACGUUGUUGCUCCAUAUCAAACUCUGUUAAAUCCUCUAAGCAAACUAAAUGUCCUAAAUAAUCUCCAUUCCCAUUUCAUAUUGGUGGAUGAUGGGACAGUUGGAAAGUAUGGAGCAGAAGUUAAAUUGCGAAGAGAACUGGAAAAAACUAUCAAUUUGCAGCGGAUCCAUGCAAGAAUUGGACAGGGUGUCCCUGUGGUAGCACUGAUAUUUGAAGGUGGUCCCAAUGUUAUCCUCACAGUUUUGGAAUACCUUCAAGAAAGUCCUCCAGUGCCAGUAGUAGUAUGUGAGGGAACUGGGAGAGCUGCAGACAUACUGGCAUAUGUUCACAAGCAAACAGAAGAGGGAGGAAAUAUUCCUGAUGGAGCAGAACCUGAAAUCAUUUCAACCAUCAAAAAGACAUUUAAUUUCGGUCAGAGUGAGGCAGUUCAUCUGUUUCAGACGUUGUUGGAAUGUAUGAAAAAAAAAGAACUUAUUACCGUAUUCCAUAUUGGGUCAGAUGAACAUCAAGAUAUUGAUGUUGCAAUACUUACAGCGCUGCUAAAAGGUACAAAUGCUUCUGCAUUUGACCAGCUUGUCCUUACACUGGCGUGGGACAGAGUUGAUAUUGCCAAAAAUCAUGUUUUUGUUUAUGGACAACAGUGGCUGGUUGGAUCCCUGGAACAGGCUAUGUUAGAUGCCCUUGUGAUGGAUCGAGUUGCAUUUGUGAAACUUCUUAUUGAAAAUGGAGUAAGCAUGCACAAGUUCCUUACAAUUCCCAGGCUGGAAGAGCUUUACAACACAAAACAAGGCCCAACUAACCCAACACUCUUUCACCUUGUUCGGGAUGUCAAACAGGGAAACCUUCCUCCAGGAUAUAAAAUCAACCUGAUUGAUGUAGGGCUUGUUAUUGAAUAUUUGAUGGGAGGAACCUACAGAUGCACCUAUACGCGAAAACGCUUUAGAGUCAUAUACAACAGUCUCAGUGGGAACAGUCGGCGGUCUGGGCGUAAUCCUUCAAAUAAUACUCCUCAACUGCGUAAAAGCCAUGAGUCUUUUGGUAACAGGGCAGAUAAAAAAGAGAAAAUGCGACAUAAUCAUUUCAUCAAAACUGCACAGCCUUACAAACCAAAGAUUGAUAUAAGUGCAGAAGAAGGAAAAAAGAAAAGAACCAAAGAUGAAGUCGUAGAUAUUGAUGAUCCUGAAACUAGACGCUUUCCUUAUCCUCUUAAUGAACUCUUACUUUGGGCAGUGUUAAUGAAAAGACAGAAAAUGGCCCUUUUCUUCUGGCAGCAUGGUGAAGAGUCCAUGGCUAAAGCCUUAGUUGCCUGCAAGGUCUAUCGUUCAAUGGCAUAUGAGGCAAAACAAAGUGACCUUGUUGAUGAUACCUCUGAAGAACUGAAACAGUACUCCAAUGAGUUUGGACAACUUGCAGUUGAACUACUAGAACAGUCCUUCCGACAAGAUGAAACCAUGGCUAUGAAGUUAUUAACCUAUGAGCUGAAAAACUGGAGUAAUUCAACCUGUCUUAAUCUAGCAGUGUCUUCAAGACUCCGCCCGUUUGUAGCUCAUACUUGUACCCAGAUGUUGUUAUCUGAUAUGUGGAUGGGAAGACUAAACAUGAGGAAAAAUUCAUGGUACAAGGUGAUACUGAGCAUCUUACUACCCCCUGCCAUACUAAUGCUGGAAUAUAAAACCAAGGCAGAAAUGUCCCAUAUUCCACAGUCUCAAGAUGCACACCAGAUGACAAUGGAAGACAGUGAAAACAACUUCCAGAAUAUAGCAGAAGAGAUACCCAUGGAAGUAUUUAAAGAAGUAAGGGUCUUGGACAGUACUGAAGGAAAACAUGACAUGGAGAUGCCAACAAAACCUAAACGACUUCCAAUUACACGAAAGUUUUAUGCAUUCUAUCAUGCGCCAAUUGUGAAGUUCUGGUUCAAUACGUUGGCAUACUUAGGAUUUCUGAUGCUUUACACAUUUGUAGUCCUUGUAAAAAUGGAAGAAAUACCAUCAGUUCAAGAAUGGAUUGUUAUAGCUUAUAUUUUUACAUCAGCUAUUGAGAAGAUUCGUGAGAUCUUUAUGUCAGAGGCUGGGAAAAUUAAUCAGAAGAUUAAAGUGUGGUUCAGUGAUUACUUCAACAUCAGUGAUACAAUUGCCAUUAUUACUUUCUUCAUUGGGUUUACACUAAGAUUUGGAGCAAAAGGGAACUUUGGUGACAAUACGUACAGAGAAAAUUAUGUUUUUGUUGUUGGAAGAAUAACGUACUGCCUAAAUAUUAUAUUUUGGUAUGUGCGAUUACUGGAUUUUCUAGCUGUAAAUCAACAGGCUGGCCCUUAUGUGAUGAUGAUUGGCAAAAUGGUGGCCAACAUGUUCUACAUUGUAGUGAUUAUGGCACUUGUACUGCUUAGUUUUGGUGUUCCCCGGAAGGCAAUACUCUAUCCUAAUGAAGCACCAUCUUGGACUCUUGCUAGAGAUAUUGUGUUUCAUCCAUACUGGAUGAUUUUUGGUGAAGUUUAUGCAUAUGAAAUUGAUGUAUGUGCAAAUGAUACACAAGUUGGCCAUCUCUGUGGACCUGGAACAUGGCUGACCCCAUUUCUUCAAGCUGUCUACCUCUUUGUACAGUACAUUAUUAUGGUUAAUCUCCUUAUUGCAUUUUUCAACAAUGUAUAUUUACAAGUAAAGGCAAUUUCAAACAUCGUAUGGAAGUAUCAGCGCUAUCAUUUCAUUAUGGCCUACCAUGAAAAACCUGUCCUGCCUCCACCUCUUAUUAUUCUUAGUCACAUGGCUUCCUUAUGUUGUUGUAUAUGUAAAAGAAGAAAGAAAGACAAGACUUCAGAUGGACCAAAACUCUUCCUAACAGAAGAAGACCAAAAGAAACUUCAUGACUUUGAAGAGUUGUGUGUUGAGAUGUAUUUCAAUGAAAAAGAUGAUAAAUUCCACUCUGGAAGUGAAGAGAGAAUUCGAGUCACAUUUGAACGGGUUGAACAAAUGUGCAUUCAGAUAAAAGAAGUUGGUGAUAGAGUCAACUACAUCAAACGGUCAUUGAACUCUUUAGAUUCUCAGAUUGGCCACCUACAGGAUCUCUCUGCUCUCACUGUUGAUACUCUAAAAACACUAACUGCACAAAAGGCUUCGGAAGCCAGCAAAGUCCAUAAUGAAAUUACCCGGGAGUUAAGCAUUUCAAAACAUUUGGCACAAAACCUUAUUGAUGAUGGUUCUCUCAGAUCUUCAGUAUGGAAAAAACACAACAUCGGAAAUGUGUUUGGUUCUUCUUUUCCACAAGGAGACCUCGAAAGUAGUAAUGCUUUAUUAUGUAACAUUUCUAUGCACAGUGAAAGAGAUAUUCAACAUAAGACAAUUGGUCAGGAUUUAGCUCCAGUUUCCAGGGGGGAAGAACUAAACUUUCAAGAGGCAGGUUCCUCAGGCAGUGCCUUAUUUCCAAGUGCUGUUUCUCCUCCAGAACUUCGACAAAGAUUACAGGGUGAAGAGAACUCAAAAUCCAUUAAUAAAAAUAAAAAAUUAGGCAAUUCAUCAAACAGCGUGCCACAUCUAACAUCCCCAACAGCUAAAUUAUUUGUUAGCACUCCAUCUCAGCCGAGUUGCAAAAGUCAGUUGGAAUCUGCAGCAAACAAUGAAGCAGCAAUUUUGUCUAAGGCUACAGAAGGAGAUACUAACGUAGAAUUUGGUGCAUUUGUGGGUCACAGAGACAGCAUGGAGUUGCAACAAUUUAAGGAGUCAGCGAUUAAAAUUAAAGAAAAAAAUGUUAAUAUUGAGGAGCAACAGGAGGACUUUAAGAAAGCUAUUCUGGAGGGGAUGGAGAUGACCAAACAUCAGGCUGGUCUUCAAGCUGAUUGCAGCCUAAGCGAGGUUAAUUCUAAAGAUGGAUUUACAGAAUAUCACAAAAACUCUUUGGCAGUUCAUUCAGAACAAUUUCACAACAAAAGUAGAAGAGCAUCAGCUGAAGAUACUCAGCAAGUAGACUCUAAGGCUGCAUUGCUCACGGAUUGGUUACAAGGUAGACCUUCAAGUAGCAAUCAAAUGCCUUCGGAAGAAGAUGCCUUGAAUGGUAUUGCUUCUCCUUUCAAGCCGAUCAUGGACACCACUUACUACUACUCAGCUGUGGAAAGAAAUAACUUAAUGAGAUUAUCACAAAGCAUUCCAUUCACUCCUGUGCCUCCAAGAGGUGAGCCAGUCACUGUGUAUCGCCUUGAAGAAAGUUCUCCCAGCAUCUUGAACAACAGCAUGUCUUCCUGGUCACAGCUAGGACUCUGUGCUAAAAUUGAAUUUUUAAGUAAAGAGGAGAUGGGAGGUGGAUUACGUCGAGCUGUUAAAGUAGCAUGCACUUGGUCAGAAUAUGAUAUUCUGAAAUCAGGACAUCUUUAUAUCAUCAAAUCUUUUCUUCCUGAAGUUGUGAAUACUUGGUCAAGCAUUUACAAAGAGGACACAGUGUUACACCUCUGUUUGAGAGAAAUUCAACAGCAGAGGGCAGCACAGAAACUCACGUUUGCUUUCAAUCAAAUGAAGCCUAAAUCCAUUCCAUAUUCUCCAAGGUUCCUGGAAGUUUUCCUAUUAUAUUGCCACUCAGCUGGACAGUGGUUUGCAGUUGAGGAGUGCAUGACUGGAGAAUUUAGAAAAUACAAUAACAACAACGGUGAUGAAAUAAUUCCAACUAACAUGCUAGAAGAGGUCAUGCUAGCAUUCAGCCACUGGACUUAUGAAUAUACAAGAGGGGAGUUGCUGGUACUUGACCUGCAAGGUGUGGGUGAAAAUUUGACAGAUCCCUCUGUGAUAAAAGCUGGAGAAAAAAGGUCAUAUGAUAUGGUGUUUGGUCCAGCCAAUUUAGGAGAAGAUGCAAUCAAAAAUUUCAGAGCUAAGCACCACUGCAAUUCUUGCUGCAGGAAACUUAAACUUCCUGAUCUGAAGAGAAAUGACUAUACGCCUGACAAAAUUAUAUUUCCUCAGGAUGAUUCUCCCGAAUUGACAAUUCAGCCUGGAAGCUGCACCAAAGAAUCAGAAUCAACUAGUUCUAUUCACCUGAUGCUGUAAUGACAUGAGCAAACACUGGCUUUACACAGUGUCACUAAGUUGUAGAUUAUCUGUCUUCCAUAAAAUCAGAUGAAAGAGAGAUCAAAACAAAGAACCAAGCAUUAUAAGUGGAAUUUUGAUGUCUGGUCCAUAAUCUAAGGACCUAACAACUUGUGGUAACCAUUUACAGAGAUGAGCUGGCAGCUGAUUAUUUUAAGGGUUGAAUGACAAGUAUUUAUGAAAUGUUUUUAAAGGAUCUUUUUAGGAGAAGGUAUUUUUAGUUUUGCUUUUGUCCAAUGGAGGUUCGUCUAAUCCUGUGGUGCAAUAGGCUCUUGACUAAAAGGACUUUUUUUUGGAUGUUUUAAGGCAAAGUGUCUGUUUGGCAGCUGGUUUACUGUCAGCCAGCUAGAGAAAAGGGAGACUGCAUCCUCCUUCAUUGUCAGGUUUCCCUGGGCAUUAUCAGAAGUGACCCAUCUCAUUAGAUGCCAUGUAUUUUCAUCUGGCCUUUGGAAGGGAACGGAUCCAAAGGAUCUGUGUAUAUCGUGCCAGUAUGCUGAGGUUGAAGUCAGAAAUGGAUCUAUUCCAAUAAAGAGUUUGUCUCCUGAAUCAGGAUUCAGCUUCAUAGGUGUGAAGCCAGUUUGUAUGGAAUAGAGCCUUAAUUGUGUAAUGAAAUUUCUUGUUUUUAUACAUUUCAGUUUUAUCAAGUCACUGUAACAAAUAAAGCCAGGAUAGACUGGUAUAAUUACAUCAUAUAGUAGAAAAGAGUACAUACUCGUCCAAACAAGAAGUUGUCUUGUUUAAAAAAAGAAAAAGAAAAAAAGAAACAAGUCGGGGAAGUGCUUUUUCUUGUAAUGACUGCUUCUGAAGUUAUGCCUUCCAAAAAUCUCAUAAAACCAGUAUAUCAAAUCAGAAUGUACACAUGAACUUUUAAAUGUAUUUAAAAUUGUAUAGAAACAUCUUUAAUGUUAUGUUGUUUGUGGUACUUAUUUAAAAAAAGACUAGGGUUGGAUUAGCAUUAUGUAAAGUACGGGAGAUUGCAAUGCAACUUUAUGCCAAUAAAAUGUAAUUUAACUGUCCCAAAUCUUGUUGAGUAUUCAACAAGAAAAACCUGUUGUCCAACUGAAGUUUCAUGCUGCGAUUUUUAUUUUGUUUGUUACAUAGGUACUAAUUUGUAAUUUUUAAUUGAAGGGCAAUAUAAAGCUCUAUAAAUUUUUUUUAUUCCGUAGUGUAUCUUAUAGAUACAAACCUAAGGCACGAACACAAUAGCUGUUUAAAUCGUGUUUUAUGUUGAUGGGGGAAAGGUAAAGUGUAUUAAAGAUAUAAUACUAUAUACAUUUUGUAUAUCAUUAAAUCUUUAAAUCUAAAAUAAAUUUAUUCUUGUUUACAGACUUCUGCUGUCCUUAUCUGAAAGGGAUGUCUUAAGGUUUCUUGGGGCGAAUAUGAGUUUAUGCAGGAGCAUAGAAAUUGCCAUAUUAGAUCAGGCGAGUGAUCAAUCUAGUCAGGUAUCCUUGUUCAAAGGUGGCUAAUGCCAGAAGCUUGAGGAAAAUGUAAAAACUCCCCUAUUGGACAACUAUGUAAUAACUUGAAUAAUGAAUAAACAUGAGUAUAAAAAUUUUAAGCUAAUUAAAAUGUUUAUUUAGCAUUAGAAACACAUUGCUUAAUUAGAGUUAUAUGUAUAUAAAAUUAUGGGGUAGCCUGAGCAGUAGGUAUGGUUGCAGUUCUGUCUUUAUUGCUGUUAAGUAAACUGGAAGACAAGUUUUAAUAUGUAAAUCUGGUCUUUCAACUUUAAUUCCUGUAUCAUUAUAUUUUAGCCAAGCAAAACUAACAUUUAAUGAACCAGAUAAGGAUGUGUUCAAAGGGAGUGUCUACCACAGGCAGUUUUUCAGGGAUAUGAUCAAGGACCUGGAAGGACAUAUAAUAGAAGCAAGAUUAUAAAAAUAUUUCGGUUACUACAGGAAAAAAAUGUAAUAGAACUCUGGGUGAGUGUGGGUAUGUGUGUCCAUAUAUACACACACAAAAUUUGCAGGCUAGGAGAGUUAGACACAAACAUUUGACAAUAUGGAGUUUUUAUUCAUACCAACUCAACUAGUGUUUUGCCUGUGAAUUUAUUUUUUGAAACCCAUUUUUGAACUUUUGAAAUCUUGAUGUGUGACAGUAGAGAGCCACUCCACUAUGGAGCAGAGAAUGCGUUAGGACCAGUACUCCUGCAAAGCUUGCAAGUUAUGUGCAGGACUUGGAAUUCCCUGCAGGAGUUUGAGUAUUGAGCUGUGGGUGAGUCUAACCCCAUGUACAUUGCCAUCUCGAGAACACAUUUGUUUCAUAAGAUUUACAGGUUUCCUAGUGCCAGAUAAAAUAUAAAAUAAUUCUGGACAGGGCCAUCUCUGGGCCAGGGACAACCCCCCCAUCCUCCAGCCCAGUCUCCACCCCCAUUCCACUCCUGUCCCACCCCUGCUGCCGGCACCAGGUUACCCACUAACCCCCCAGGCCCUUUGGACCCCGAAGUGUGGAGCCCCCCCAAAGCAUGGUUGUCCUGGUCCUUCCUAUGGACAGGACGGCUCUGAUUCCAGAAUUAAGAAAAGAAAAUCACAAUCUCAAAAAUAGUCCUUAAGGCGCUAAUUCUCCUUGAGAUCAACAACAACAAUAUUAAAAGCAAACAGUUUCCCAAGCUGUUUGAGAUGUGGUGAAAAAAGAGCAGGACUUUUUCAAAAGUGAAUAGCCCUUAAUUUUCAAUACUCUUAAGUGCCAAAUGCAUUGUCCCACUAACCUCAAAUUAUCUAACAUAAUUCUCUCUGUUGGAACAUGCAUGAUAUUCCAUGCUAAUUGGUUUGGUUUCAGCUAAAUUUAGAGGGGGCAGGGAUCAACAUCAUAACUGACCAGGUUUAAAUUUAAGUGUGUAAAGAUUGCUCUUUUUCUCCAUGACUGAGCAUAAGAAUCAGCAAAGUAUAUUCAACAUCCUUUCCCUAUCCCCAAAAACAGAUUCAUAAUUCACCAUAGUUGGUGCCUUUACCUCAGGUUUCAGACCUCUGGUUUAAACUAUCCACUGCAUACUUUAAAAUAUCAGAUAGGAGAAAUAGGUACAAUACUGAAAGUCCAUAUUUUCAACAAGUUUCUACAUUUUUGAAAAUAAAAGAUUAAAAUCUAUUCCAAUUCAGGAGAAUUGUUCUGAACCAUCUGAAAACAAAUGGCAAUUAACUGAUUUUCGUAUGUUCUUAAACUAUUGUUAAAAGAUAUGUAUUAAAAUUUUCCCUUUUCCUUUAUAAUGAAAAUAUGGAACUCUGAAUUGAUCGUCAUACUGAAGGAGCAUUUGUUGUUGACUUUACACAAUUAAAGAAAUAUUUUCCCCAGAAGAUAUUCUUUAGCUGACACAUUCAGCUAGAUUUUCCAAUAUUUUUUCAUUGUUUAUUUUUUUAAAAAGCAUUCUGAUGGACUCGUGUGCAUAAUAUGUGAUCAUAAAAUGACUAAGCAUUUUCUUUGCUGUUGACUCAACUUCCUGUAAAAUAAAAUGCAAUCUCACUUCCUCAGCCAUCAAUAUCCCUUUCAUCCAGAACCUUUUAAUGUUAUUAAUUUGUUAAUUUAAAAUAAAACAAUCAGUCAAAUGCAACAGAAGGUAUUAAGGACUGUUCCCUUGCGGUAUUUAGGUGCUGACGUAUGUCAGAGCUAAACAAUCUAACUGCACUGUCACGAAAGUACAUAAAAGGUGAGUCCACCCAGAGGGCUGGUUCCCUAGCUACCGAUGAUCAGCCAUGUGACCUGGGAGAGGAGCGGCACUUGUUUUUCAGCCUGUGACUGCACUUUUCCACAGCUACCCAAGUUUUUUCUGGUUGUUUCUAAAUCAAUACCACACAAUUUAUAACGGCAAGAGGAAAAAGAGAUUUUAACAGAAAGCAUGGGAGUAACAGUGCAUGUUGAAUACUGUGGAGGAUGAGGGUACACAGCCCGUUAUCAGGAGCUUGCCAAGAAAAUCAAGGAGCAGGUUCCUGAUGCGGAGAUUUCAGGUGAAGUGGGAAGGAAAGGAAGCUUUGAAGUGAAGAUAAAUGGCAAGCUGAUAUUUUCUAAGAUCGAAACCUCUGGCUUUCCUUUUUCAGAAGAU